AUGCGACAUGUCCUCCUACCUCCUUGCAAUCCCUCUUCUUGCUACUUUGGACCUCCCUUCACCAUGGCUCUCGGCGGUGCGGCUCUUAAGCUGUUCCAAACCAUCCUCUAUGCCAUUGAAUUCUGCUGUGCAGCCAUAAUACUCGGCAUCUACAGCUACUUCCUCGCGACGCUCGCCGACCGCGACCUCACCAUCUACACAUGGGCCAAGGCAGUUGAGGGCAUGUCAGGCGCCGCAGUCCUGUACACCAUUUUCGCCGUUCUCCUCACUUGCUUUCUGGGUGGGAAGUCGUUCUUCGCCUUCCUCGCCAUCAUAUUCGACCUUCUGUUCAUGGGCGCUUUCAUCGCCAUCGCUGUCCUCACGCGAGAUGGCGCGCACAGCUGCAGCGGCUAUGUCAAGACGCCGCUCGGAAACGGCCAGUCCAACGACAAGCAGGGGUUCGACGACUCGACCGGCAAUCAGCAGUAUACGUACGCCGUGUCUUUAGGUACGGCCUGCAGACUCAACACGGCCUGCUUCGCCGUCGCCAUCGCAGGAGCUCUUCUUUUCCUCGUUUCUGCCCUAGUGCAGAUUGCUCUUGCGCGCCACCACAAGAAGGAGAAGCGCUACGGCCCAAGCCCAGCCAAUAACUAUACAAGUGGCCGUGGCCGUGGCUUCUUCGGUCGUGGCCGCAAGAACAAGAACGCUGGUCUCCGCGAUCCCGAAGUUGCUGCUGGUGCUGGGACUCUCGCUACUGGUCCUGCCCAUGACGUGCGCCCAUCGCAUGACACCGCCUACACUGGCUCGACUGUCGCUGGUACCGCUCCAUAUGAGCACAACAAGCCCCUGACCGGUGGUUACCAUACCGCUCCUACCGGUACCUACGCGCACAACACCGCUGCCACCAACUACUAG